AUGAAGUUGUUAGUAGUGUUUGCAGGACUUCUAGCUGUUGCUUUGGCCAAAGUGCCAAUUACCGUGGAUUACCAUCACCAAAUUGGUAUUCCUGAGGCACAAAGAAUCAAACAGGCCGAACAAGCGCUUGACUUCGAUGGAUCCAGAAUCGUUGGAGGCUCUGCUGCAGCUCUCGGCGCUUACCCUUAUAUUGGAGGUCUCGUAAUCACACUAACAACCGGAUCAACCUCAGUAUGCGGUUCCUCUCUGUUGAACAACCAGAGACUUGUUACAGCUGCUCACUGCUGGAGAACUUUCUCUGCCCAGGCCAGACAAUUCACAGUUGUUCUUGGCUCUACCCUUCUUUUCUCCGGUGGUACCCGCAUCGCAACCUCAGAUGUUGAAAUGCACGCAAGCUACAAUAUGAUCACCCUCGCUAACGAUAUUGCUAUUAUCAGAAUCAACGCUGUCACCUUCUCGAACAGCAUCCAACCAAUCAGCCUGGCUUCAGGAAGCAACGACUACGCCGGCACAUGGGCCAACGCCGCAGGUUUUGGCAGAACUAGUGACAGUGCUGGUAUUUCAAGCGGCGCUUUCUUGAGCCACGUCUCCCUCCGUAUCAUCACGAACGCUGAGUGCAGGAACACCUUCGGUUCCACCAUCAUUGACUCAACCCUUUGUACUAGUGGUGAAAACGGUCGCAGCACUUGCGGUGGUGACUCUGGCGGUCCUCUUGCUAUUGGAUCUGCUACCUCUGCUACCUUGGUUGGUAUCACAUCAUUCGGUGCUGCUGCUGGUUGCCAACGUGGCUUCCCGGCUGGGUUCGCCAGAGUUACAUCCUUCAACUCCUGGUUGAGCGCUCGCCUGUAAACUACUCCAAUAUUGA